UACGGAAUGAAAACUUUAAGCAAUAUUACUAGCGCAAAUCGGAAUUUCCACCGAUUAUUCUCAGUUUUCCCUUACUCAAAUAUAAUCUGUAAUUGAUAAGCUUUUCUACUAAUAGCUUGGAGUGCUGUCAUUAGACACAAUGCAGUCACAGGACAAGCGUCCUAGACAGGUGGACUUGGCCUCUUUAGAUCCCUCGGCGCGAGUCAAACAACUAGCUAACUAUGGAGCCAUGGUUGAGGUGGACCCUAACGUGCCUCCGAGGAGAUACUACCGAUCAGGCUUGGAAAUGGUCCGUAUGGCAAAUGUAUACCUAGCAGAAGGCAGCCUCGAGAACGCAUACAUCUUGUACAUGAAGUUCAUGACGCUAUUCCUUGAAAAGAUGAGGAAGCACCCGGAGUAUGCAUCGGUGCCGGCGCAGGUGAAGAGUGUGAAUCAGGCCAAGCUGAAGGAGGUGAUGCCUAAAGCUGAGAAAUUGAAGCAGAAACUGUUGGAGCAGUUUGCUAAAGAGCAUAAACUGUAUCAGGAGAAUGAGGUAAAGAGACGUUUAGCAGAGGAACAGAGGAGAAAGCAAGAACAAGAUGAUGCCAAGUUAGCGGAGAGACUGCAGGCCGAUGAGGAUGGACGGGAUCACCCACAUUUGAGGGAUGCUGACAAAUGGGCAUUGUCCCCAUCCGCGCCGCCUGUGGACGGGGUUCUUUAUCCAGAUGACUUCGCAGCCACGCCGCCGCGCGCGCCGCCGCACCACUACGAACCCGUGCCACCACUGAUCCCGCCUUCGCAUCAAGACAGCACCACAACAGGUCUCGUGCCAGGCCUGUGGGGCCUACGCGCCGUGGUGGUGCCCGCGGGCCUGAUGGCGCAAUUCCUCCGGCUUGCCCAGCCCAACACUCGCAAAGACGUCGAGACCUGUGGCAUUUUGGCUGGCAAACUGGAACGUGAUCAGUUGAAGAUCACGCACGUGAUCAUCCCGCAGCAGACCGGCACCGCGGACUCGUGCAGCACCAACAACGAGGAAGACAUCUUCCUGUACCAGGACCAGAACAACCUUAUCACGCUGGGCUGGAUACAUACGCACCCGACGCAGACGGCGUUCCUGUCGUCCGUGGAUCUACACACGCAGUGCUCCUACCAGCUCAUGAUGCCAGAGGCCAUCGCCAUCGUGUGUGCGCCCAAAUACAACGAGACUGGAUUCUUCGCGCUAACUCCGGACCACGGUAUGCAGUACAUCACCAACUGCCGCCAGGUCGGCUUUCAUCCGCACGCCGAAGACCCGCCGCUCUUUUAUACGGUCGACCACAUUCGCAUCGACCAGUCGGCGUCCGUCGAAAUGGUGGAUCUCCGGAGAUGAACGCACUGACACUUAGCUUUAUGUACCUAUAGGUAUAUGCCUGAACGCGAAACUAUCCCGUCAUCGAUCUAAGGCCGUAGCCAACAUGACAAACUUUUGUCAAUAAACGCUAAUUGAAAAGUAAAAAUCUGAUGGCUCAGUUUCAUGGCUGACCAAUGGGUCAGUUCGAUUGGUAGGGCCCGCGUGCGGGUACGGGAGAAUUCCAAAAUGCAUGCCAUAGGGCCCGCAUUCGGGGGACUGUUUUCAUUGGUCGAUAGGCCCCGCAUGCGGGGUGCGGGAGAUUUAUAAAACGCAUGCCAUUAUGAGUUUCACUAGUCGCUAUACCGCCUGCGGGGUGUCACCCGCUUGCUGUAUAUCGACCGAAUUAUCGACUUAUGGGUUUCACUAGUCGCUAAUACCGCCUGCGGGGUGUCCCCGCACGCUUUAUAUCGGCCGAGUUAUCGACCAAUGAAACUGAGCUUUGAAAGUAUGCCAAGAUGACAUAUGCGACGAAAAGUCCCAUCAUAAUUUCCAAACGUUAUUAAAGUUUCGUUUGGCGUUUUCUAUAAAAGAUUGUCAUUUGGCUAGGCUUGUUUUAUUUUAUCUCAAAUUAUCGAAAAAGACCGACGGUCGUAAAAAUUUCGUUGAUAGGCUGUAUUUUUAUAAGUUUAUUUAUGGGAUGAGGUUUGCAAAUGGGAGUAGAUAACUAGGUACCUACAGCAAUGUUGAUAAAGACUAUUAGUAAUGGGAGCCGUUUU